CUCCUUCUCCACCCAUCGAAGAGACUAUGGCACCUCAGACAGAGCAGCCUACACCGGAGACCGCUGAACCCACUACUGCCGAGCCUGCCACUGGUAAACCUACCACUGUGGCGCCAAAACCAAAUCCACCAUCUGGCGGAAUACCGUCAGAUUCUCAGAAAUAUUGCCUAGAAGUACACAACAAAUUCCGAGAAUCUCAUAACGCCCCUCCCCUUCAGUGGUCAUCAGAGCUGACGCGCGAUGCACAGGAAUGGGCCAACCGCCUUGCAAGCCUUGAUCAAUUUCAUCACGAUCCAAACCUACAGGCCAAAGGUCAGGGUGAGAACCUUUACUACCAGAGUCCUCCCGAGAGGCUGUGCAACUAUGGUGAGUCCGGACCACAAUGCCUGAGCUGUGAACAUGUCGUGGGGGCGUGGUACAACGAGAAAAAUGAUUAUGAUUACACGACAGGGGAGGCAAAGACGCCUUACGCUCCAAUACUGCACUUCACUCAGACCGUUUGGAAAGCGACCAGAGCGCUGGGAAUGGCAACCGCUGUGGGGCACAACAAGCUAUUUGUGGUCGCGCGUUACUCUCCUGCUGGAAAUAUCAUUGGAAAGUUCCAGGAAAACGUCCUUCCUGACUUCCCUUGAGGGAAUAUUAAAAGCUCCAACGAGGAUUUGUCGACUUAAAAUAGUUAUCUGAGCCAUAAGUCAAAGUCGGCAACAACUUGAACGUUCCAUUACUGUAUUACCAAGAGAUCAUCACGAUAUCUUAGCAGUGUCCAUUAUCUUAUAAUACGAUAAUACGUUACAUCAUUACUUUGAAUCUAUAGCCUUAGUAAUAAAAGUUUGCUGAAUACCUCA